UUGGUGCUAAUUGUUGGAUAAACGUAUUUCGGUUAAGAGACGCCGCUGAAAAUAAUUCUCUGGAUCAAAGUUUUUGUGGUGGUAAAUUUUCCGUAAUUAAUUCUGAAGAGGGAGUUCGGCUCGCAACAUCGUCAGUGAUGGCAGCCCAUUGCACGAAACAUAACACCUCUAGGCAAGCUUACUUUGCAGAAGCACUUUUUCACCACCAUAUUCCUUCAUAUCAAGACACACAAACUUCUGAUAUUUUACCUCUUGGUCAGAAGCAACAGUUAGAAGAAGAAGAAAUUAAGAGGUUAACCUUCUCUUUGAACCACGAGUUAGCAAACAAGUGGCAAGAAUUUAAAGAUGGUUUACCAUUAUCAGAGAAAAGAGUUGUCAAGCUACCUGCAACCAGGGACUUCCAUUUCGAAAACCAUGUUCUCCGAUAUCUGCCACCAAGCUAAGUAAAAAGUGAAGCUCAUACUGAAACUGUGUCAACUAUUGUAAAAAAAUCAAAGAUGCUAGAGUUUGUUCAUGUGAUCAUUAAUAGUACAGCGAGAAACAUUAUUAUACUUUAUUGCUAAGGAGUGGUUCACAUAAUCGAUUAAAGCAAGUGUGAAUCAGUAAGGAAGUUGACAUAAGUGAAACCCGUUUCAAAUAAAAAGUUGAGUCGAAGAAACAAAA